AUGUAUAUUGAGAUGAUUUUGAAGUUAAUACAGAAUAAUAAUAAUCUUGAUCGAUUACACAGGGUAUUAAAUACCAGUACAGAAACAAAUUUGGGAACUCAAUGCAAUCAGCUCAAAACACAAUUAAGAAAAGCUUUACAGCGCCAAGAGUCUCUUCAAUACGAUCUUCGAGUAUAUCAAGAUCAAGUAAAGCGAUUACGAAAUGAGAAAGACAUCUUAUUAGAAGAAAUAGAAAGGAGCAGAGUAAUAACAACAAGUUUUGACGACUCUUCUGCGUCAGAUGUGGAAUCCCAUACAUCAGCCGCAGGCAUCAAACGCGACCGCCUGCAUCACGAAAGCGCCCACAUCAAUGAUCAAUCUUCAUUUGUAAAGAUACUCGGGCGUCCUAACAAUCAAGUUAAAAAGCGAAGAUCUCAAAAGGAAACCAACUCGACACAUUCUACUAAAGCAAAGAAGAAGAAGGAUCCAAAUGCUCCAAAAGGACCGGGAAAUCCUUUCUUUUUAUAUUGUCGUAUGGAGCGGGAUCGUAUAAAAGAAGAGUCGGAUCAUGACAUGAACUUGGGUGAAAUGACUCGAAUACUUGGUCAAGAAUGGAAAUCAUUGGAGCCCAAAGAGAAACAGAAAUACCUGGAUUUGUUUAAGAAAGAACACGACGAGUACGAAGAGGCUUUACGAUCUUAUACUGCUUCUACCGAGAACACGGCCGAGCAGUCUUCCCCCUCCGAGGCUCAUUCUGAUCUAGUGGCGGAUACACCAGUAGUAGAUGGGAAAUCACAGCCAAAGGGUGUCUGA